AUGUCGCGCCCUCAUGAUCCCCCGGAGCGGCAAAACGAAUAUUUUAUUGAAAAGAAUGGCAUUGCUCGCGAGGUUAUUCAGGCUGAUAUCUGUCGCUAUCUUGGAAAUCGGGCUCUUGUGAAGCCUGGCGUCCAUCAGGGCCGUCAGGGUUACUACAUUCGUGCUUAUCGCAAUUUGACACCAGAGAUGAUUGCCGAUCUGAAAGCAGAUUCGGCGCGGUGGGAAAUUGAAAUAGCGAUGAGAAGAGAUCAAGGGUAUCCUGUACAAGGUAGCCACAAUCAUGACCCAAGGAUAUCUCCAGACCCUAACAGGAAUUCAGCACCAUACGAUACCUCUGCUACCCAUGAAAGCCGGCAACAAACAGGACCUACGACUUAUCCCCCAGCUGCUGGCCAGCCAUAUGAUACCUAUCCGCCAGCAGCGCAUCCUCCAUAUAGCUCAUCUCAACCUCCACCUUAUCCGCCAGCAUAUUCCCAGCCAACAACUUAUGGAACAAUUCCUUCUACAUACGCUCCUGCUGGCGGGCCAUACCCGGCUCACUCACAGCCACCACCAGUGAGCAGCCCUGAAUAUACAUAUGAGGGUACUACUCAGUAUCCUCCAUAUAAUAAUGACCCAAGAGCAAACCCAAGGUAUCCAGGACCUAGCUACGAGAAUGAGAGCGAGUAUCCCCCCGCCGUUACCUCUAGUAUAGGUUAUCCUCCCACCACAAUCCCUGACCACCGGGCUCCAAUGGUAGAUGGACGAUACCCCCCGGAUUCAUCCUACCGCUCCUCAGGACCACCACCAGCUAGGGACCGAAGGACUCGUUGA